CAUAAAAGGCACCCUUCGUUGUUGUUUCCUUUGCGUCUCUGUCACUGCCUCUCGCCCGGCACACCCUUUCUGUUACCUUCCCUCGUAUUCCUUCUUUCCGAGUGGUGCAAAUGGGAGACGAGUUAAAGGAGAGGCUCUUGCAAAGGCAAGGAGACAGAGAGGAAGCAGAGCCACUUAGCAAAAGGGUGUGGAAUGAAAGCAAGAAAAUGUGGGUGGUGGCAGGGCCUGCCAUAUUCACCAGAUUCUCCACCUUUGGUAUACAAGUUGUUAGCCAAGCCUUCAUUGGCCAUAUUGGCUCCAUUGAACUUGCUGCCUAUGCCAUCGUCAUGACUGUCCUAAUCAGGUUCGCUAAUGGUGUACUGCUGGGGAUGGCAAGUGCUCUGGAAACUCUUUGUGGGCAAGCAUAUGGAGCGAAACAGUAUGAGAUGCUAGGAAUAUAUCUUCAAAGAUCGUGGAUAGUGUUGUUCUUGACUUCACUCAUUAUGCUUCCUAUUUUCAUCUUCACCACCCCAAUUCUGGAGUUUCUGGGCCAAGAUAAAAGUAUUGCGGAAGUAGCAGGGAGCGUUUCUCUGUGGGCGAUAGGUAUGAUAUUUGCUUUCAUCGUGUCUUUCACCUGCCAGAUGUUCCUGCAAGCACAGAGCAAGAACAUGAUAAUCGCCUACCUAGCUGCACUUUCUAUUGGAAUUCACAUUCUGCUGUCGUGGCUUUUGACUGUUAAGUAUAAGUUAGGGCUCAAUGGGGCAAUGAUAUCAACCCUUCUGGCAUACUGGGUUCCCAACAUAGGUCAACUCAUGUUUGUCAUGCUCAAGUGCCCUGAUACAUGGAAGGGCUUCUCAUUUUUGGCUUUCAAAGAUCUCUGGCCUAUAAUCAAGCUUUCCCUUUCAUCCGGAGCAAUGCUGUGUCUUGAGUUAUGGUACAACACAAUUUUGGUGCUUCUAACUGGGAACUUGAAAAAUGCCAAGGUCGCCAUUGAUGCUCUGUCCAUUUGCCUCAACAUCAACGGAUGGGAAAUGAUGAUAGCACUUGGAUUCUUUGCUGCUGCUAGUGUGCGGGUGUCAAAUGAGCUGGGUAGAGGGAGUCGGGCUGCGAAAUUUUCCAUCCUGGUGACAGUGAUGACAUCAUUUGGAAUAGGAUUCAUACUAUUCAUAGUGUUCCUGUUCUUGAGGGAGAGGCUUGCUUACAUAUUCACUCCGAACCCGGAGGUGGCUGCGGCAGUUGGGGACUUGUCACCUUUGCUCGCUUUUUCGAUGUUAAUGAACAGCAUCCAACCCGUGCUCUCUGGAGUUUCUAUUGGAGCUGGUUGGCAAAGCAUCGUAGCAUAUGUAAACAUAAGCUGUUAUUAUCUGAUUGGGAUCCCUGUUGGAGUUGUGCUCGGUAGAAUCAUCCAUUUGCAAGUGAAGGGUAUUUGGAUAGGAAUGUUAUUUGGAACAUUUGUUCAAACUGUUGUGCUCAUUAUCAUCACAUACAGAACUGAUUGGGACAAGCAGGUAGAGAUUGCUAAGCGUCGCGUUAAGAAGUGGGCUGUGGUGGACACUGAAGAAUAAAAUGGCAAAAUUGCAUUUUGGCCCAUCUGCUUAGUGCGUGUUUGAGAAACGUGGCUUACUUCAGCAAAACACCGAAGCAUCCCUGAGAGGAUGCUCCUGCGUUUUACUGACUAUAAACGUGAUUCUGAAUGCCCUAACACACCCCGUCCUAUCAUCUCUAGCUUUUCAUGGGACAUUUGUAUUGAUCCUUGCUUUUAAUUCCUUGCAAAUUAUUAAGAAGAAGAAGAAGAAAUAGAGAUUGCUACUUGCCCUUUAUACGUGUGCCUGUGUGUAUAUUUUUCGAGUUUCUUCCUCUUUUAUAUUGUUUUGGUUUAUGAUUUGUAAUUUAUCCCUAUCAAUAUAGAGCGAGAAUGAUAUGUACACUGAAGUUUACCACAAAUGUUAAUACUGAUAUGAUGCUUAUUAGUUAAA